GUAACCACGCACGCCCAUGACAAACUAUUCCGAGUAUCUAGCGAGAUGAACUAUCCCGACUAUCCCACUCCCGUUACCAUCCAACCUCUCAAAUCUCACAGGCAUACAAUAAUCCUACUCCAUGGCCGAGGCGGCACCGGUGCUAGUUUUGGCCGCGAGAUACUCUCGACACCCUUCCCGCUUCCUCUGCUUCGCUCUCCUGAUUCACCUUUCGGAAUGCUCACCCUGAGAGACGCCUUCCCGCACGCAAAAUUCGUCUUCCCGACUGCACCCCGGCGGUAUCCUACACAGCAUAAAUACGAUCUCAUCAACCAAUGGUUUGACCUAUGGUGGUUGCCAUCAUCUUCGUCAGCUGCAGAUGACAACGGCGACCGACCGUUUCCCCUUGAGCGAGACUCGGUGCAGAGCGAUGGGCUGCGGGAGUCGACACUGUUCCUGCAUGACUUGCUACAGCGCGAGGUUGAAUUGGUGGAGGGUGGUGCGAAGAACGUUCUUUUGGGAGGGUUGAGUCAGGGAUGCGCAACCAGUCUUGUGGCAUGUCUGUUGUGGGACGGUGUUGGAGAAGGGAGAGAGAGAAGGGAGGCAUUAGGUGCGCUUGUUGGGUUCUGUGGGAGAUUGCCAUUUGAGAGGCGGGUUAGAAUUAUUCUAGCUGGCGGUGCUGUGGAUGGAGAGAAGGUCAAUCAGCCUUCUGGCACAGACGGUGAAGUUGAGAACAAAUCUAGCAUUGGCAAUGAUACGGUUGGCAGUGCAGUCGAUUUUUUCCGGAAGGAGCUUGAGAUUCCGCUUCCUCCGGGGCUACCCUCAUCCUCUCAUGAUUUUCCAUUCCAGCGCACGCCACUCUUUCUCGGCCAUGGAGUUGAAGAUAUGACUGUUCCUAUCCGUCUAGGGAGGGAAGCAGUUACUUGCUUUGAGUCACUGGGAAUGAAUGUUUCGUGGAACGAGUAUGAAGGGCUGGGUCACUGGUAUACGGAUAGUAUGCUAAGUGACUUCGUGAAAUUCGUGCGGGAGAAGACAGAUUGGGAACUAGAAUAG